GCGUUUUGUUCCUGGCGUGCGGAGCUGAGCUGGCUGAGCUUAGUGCUAAGUAGCUGGUUUGUCUUCCGAGACGCCAUACGCCACAUCAUGGAAAGAAGGCAGCAACUUUUGUUGCUAAAAAAGAAGCUCCUUCUUCUCAUUAUCUUGAAACGGCAAGAUCGACGACGCCGGCGCUGGUGGGUGCGACCCGUGUUCAUGCACCGAAAGGAAGAAGGGCUCUAUUACACGGCGAUGCGUCGGAUGAGAGAGGGCGAUCAUGAUUUUUUUUUCAAGUUCUACCGGAUGACCCCACAAAUGUUCGAUGCAUUACUUUCGUUUGUGGUUGACGACCUCAAGCGCGAGUAUGUUGUAAGGGAGCCCCUGGAACCUGGCGAACGGCUUGCAAUAACCUUAAGCUACCUUGCAUCUGGCCAGGAAGUAAAAGACGUGGCCAUGGCAUAUAGAGUGGGCAUCGAGACAGCUCGCCUAUGUAUUCAUUUUUGUUGUAGAGUCAUUUGGGCACGACUAAAGGAUCGCUUCAUGAAGGUACCCUCUGAGGCUGACUGGACUGAAAUUGCCCAAGGGUUUGCCUCUCAGUGGCAAUUUCCCAACUGUUUAGGAGCCGUGGAUGGUAAACAUGUCGCCAUCACAGCACCUGCCAAUUCCGGGAGCCUGUAUUUCAACUACAAGAGCACUUUUUCCAUUGUGCUAAUGGCUGCCGUCGACAGCAACUACCAGUACACCAUCAUUGACGUUGGGGCUCAAGGUCGGCAAAGUGAUGGAGGGAUACUGAAGAACUCCGAAUUUGGGAAGGCACUGGCCAGUGGAACUCUCGGCACACCUUCUGCAAGCUGCCUGCCUGGAACAAGAACUGCCGCACCCUAUGCCUUUGUUGGGGAUGAGGCAUUUCAAUUACGCAAGGAUUUUAUGAGACCCUUCCCUGCAAAACAGCUGACUGAUGAAAGGAGGGUCUUCAAUUACAGGCUGAGCAGAGCUAGGAGGUGUGUCGAGAAUGCCUUUGGCAUUACAGCAGCAAGGUGGAGAGUGCUCCUACGCACGAUAAACCUCCAUCCGACCAACGUCGAUUAUGUCAUCAAGGCCGCUUGCAUUCUGCACAACUUUAUUAUGAAGUUAAAUGCACAGACGCAUGGGUAUGUAGAUAGGGAGGACAGCUUUGGCAAUGUGAUACCAGGCCACUGGCGGCAAAGUGUGGAAGGAGAAGCUCGGGAUGGCUCGCAGUCAAAUUAUUUUUCACUUGCUUCGACACAUGCUAGAAAUUUUCCUACAGAGGCAGCAGAUGCGCGAAACAUCUUCACUGCUUACUUUUGCAGCACCUUUGGUGAAGUUGCCUGGCAGUGGCAACAGCCAGGCGUGUCCAAAGAUGUUGCUCUAAAGCAUCUACAGGACGAGCAGCUUUUGCCACUCAUAAGAAAGUGAAUUUCAUUUACUGUAUUUAUUUGAAUAUAGGUCAACCUUUUUUUCUUUAUUCAGAAAUCACCCUGCAUUGCCAGAAGGCAUAAUAGUUCUUUUACAGACACCCUUGUGAACGGGAACAUUCGCCAUUUUCCUUUCGGAGGGUAAUACACCUUCAGAUACAGAUUAAUCAAAUACCAUGUAAAGCUAAAGCGACAGUGCUAUUGCACAGUGUUUCAACACGUGAAGUGAUAUAUCUCAUCAGGACCAACUCCUUUAUUUUCAGCUAUUUCUUGUAAUAGCAUUUUACUCCUGCCACACUGAUUUUUACUGGCUGCAUUGUUGGGACGUCUUUAACAAACUGUAUGGGUCGCACGCAGUGUUAUGAUUGGUUCAAGCGUUUUGAGGACAGGAGAAUGUCGGUCGGUGACGAUCCCAAGCCCAGACCUUCCGCAUCCACAGAUGAUGACCGUGUCGAGAGAGUUCGAACUGUGAUUCGUGGAAAUCGUCUGACUGUUCGAGAAGUCGCUGAUGAAGUGGGUAUUAGCGUAGGAUCAUGUCAUGAACUUUUGCUAGCAAUGCCUUCAGCAAUGCUAGUGAUGUCUGACAUUGGCCUGCUAUGAGCGCUUCUGAGGAGUAUUAAAUAUUCCUUGUACCAGUGAUUCCAGAAGUCUUUUUGCGUUUCUUGAUGCUGUAUCAAUGUUUUAAGCAGCUCAGUAUGGGAGCUAGGCGCUACGGCUACAGUUUGUGAGUGAGGGAGUGCCAUCAGUCGCUUGCCAUACAAGAAAGGAGCAUGUGUCAAGACUUUCGUUCCUCUGGGGCAGGAUAUGAAUACAUGCGUGGUCAACUGUUUAUGAUCGCUUCUAUUUCUGUUAGGACCAGGCUCGUAAUCAUAAUCUAGAAGUGACCUUCCUAGCGCUUUCUUCGAACUGUCUUUAACUUGUUCACCAUACGCUCCCAAGAUGCGCCCCACCAAGGAGCAUGGUCAGCAGAGAAUAGCGUAAUUUGCUGAGCCGUAUCCAGAAAAGCCACCUAUAGUGUCCAUUACUAGAAGGUCGAAGGGUUGCUCUGUGGGUGGUAGCAAUUCCAGCAAUCCGAAUAUCUUGGUUUAGGGUUUCUUGCACCUUUGGCAUAUGUCAGCGUCGGACGUAAGAUGAAACGUCACUGAUGAUUUCUGGCCAAUAAUGAGGUGACAACAAACCCAGUUUGUUAAUCCCCAGAUAUCCGAACUGGCGGUGUGCUUUCUGCAGAAGGUCGAGUCGAAGUUCAUGAUCAUGCGUUCAUGAUCUCUUUUUACAACAGCACUGAUGCCUACAUUCGACGCGUCGCAGUAUACACUGUUUCUUGCAAGAAUAUAUUGUGAGGACUGGUUCUUCGGUCAGAUGUUUCAUUUUCUCAAAAGCUUGUUCGCACUGUACAUCCCAUUCCCAUGGUGUGUUCUCCUUCAGUAAUUUCGUAAGUGGGCACACUAUGUCGCUGAACUGAGGAAUAUAUUGUUGCUGCAGCUCUUUCAGACGUAUUGGUUUUGGGAAUCAGAAUACCACUUCUGCAUUGCUUUUUUCGGGCGAUACAGUGCCAUGAGACACUGUGACCCAGAUAGCCAAUAGAAUCUUGGCCAAAGUGGCACUUUUUCAGCUAUAGUUUGUUGUUUUCAGUUCUGAGGGCUUGCAGUAAAGCUUGGAGGUGCUUUAAAUGCUGAGAAAAUGUGUCAGAGAAAACUCUAUCAUCGAAGUAGUUAACAACAUUCUUAAGUAGUGUUUUCUUAUCACUGACUAGACAGCUCUUUCAAAUGUAGCUGAGUCAUUCCUCAAACCGAAAGGCAUCACGGGCCACUCUUAAUGGCAGUUCGGCAUGACAAAAGCUGUUUUUGGAAUGUUGUCUGGGUGCAUUUUGACGUGCUAAUAGCCUAAUGUAUUGUCUAAUGUUGAAAAAUAUUUUAAUGUCCCUAGGUAGUCCAGCCCAUCGUCAGUGGGCCGAAUAAGCUGGUAAUUGGGCACACUGAUAGCAUUAAGCUUGUGGUAAUCAAUGCAUGAGCGAGUAUGCCCUUUGCCUUUCUUCUCUGCAAGAAUGACAGAUGCUGCUUACUGUGGAAAACAGGGUCACACUGCGCCUUGCUUGAGGAAGGAUUGCACUUCCUGAAAAUUUUCGCAAUUGUCUGCCAGGGAAGCAGCGUUCCUGCGGUCUCUGUUGUCGAGGUUGUUGACGAGAAUGAUCUGAUGUUGUUCAUUCACGAUACAUCCGAAGUCUAUUUGAGACUGAGAAAAUGUCCUCAUAACUGCGAAUCGCAUCCCUCGAAGCUACUUGCUGCAGAGUUGGAAGGUGCGCAACGUCAACGGAGUGUAGCGGGGAGUCGGGACUGAGAGCGCAAUGUCGGUAUGUGGAGGAAGUGUGAAACACUUUGUUGUUUUGGAACAACGGCAUGGUGUUCAAGUUCAAAGAAAGGUUAAAAAAAGAGGCGUUGUUCAGGUCUAGCAAGAACUCGGAAAUGCCUUCUUUUAUAUCCUUUUUCACUACAUCCUGGUGCACGGCAGCAAAGUGAUUGCCGAUUUGGUUAACCUUCCUGCCUUUACUCUAUGUAGCCCAUAAAGCGAGACCUUAAUUUUCUUAUUUGUGUAGUCCUAUAGCACAGAUGUUUAUCAUGGAAGACAAUAUGAAGCUUGAAAAGUGCAUUUAUUCAGAUUGCUCAUCUUUAAAAUCUUUUAUAGCCUGCAACAACUUCAUCUGCAGAUCGAGUUUUCGUUCUGGCUUGAUCGUUCUCAUGUGCCCCAGCAGCGUCGGGGCAAAGUUCUCGUCAAUGUUCUUGGGGACAUAGCCAUUCAACUGCUGUGUCACAUUUUGUAGCUCUGCUACAUAAACAUCAUUGUUUCUCUUCCGUUUUUGCUGCGGCCUGAUGGGGGGACAGGCUGGCUCAUCGGGUGCUAUCUCGUCGGCGAUCCCACUCUCGUCUGGUGUGCCAGUUGCCAAUGUCGGUGGCACAUCUUGUCCGCUGGAUUUGGACGUUGUUGAACGGGUGUCCACUGACCUGACAUCCAUGUGACCAUAGCUGCUUUGGCUGCUGCUGUUUAGGCUUUACAGAAUGCAAGGUUUUGUGUGGUUGAUACCCCACUUAAUCAUAUUGAUGCUCUAAAACUUGCAUAUGCCACACUGCUCCAAUAAUGAAAUACAUGUGCUACAGACUGCUCCAGAAUCAAAUUUUACGUCCUACAAAAUGACUUUGGCCAUUCCCACCCCAGUAUGUGCAUCAAUUGUGUACUAUUUCUGUGAAAAUUGCAUGACAAUAAAAAAAAGCUACGGCGAGUGUUGCAUAUUUUAAUUUUCUGGGGUCAUCAGUACAGUUCAACUCGGUACUGCUGGGAAUUGGCAUUAUACACACAUGAAAACUAAAUUCAUGACAAGUUGACUAGAUAUAUAGUGAUAGUUUGUCAUGAUUUUGUUUAGCAGACCAUUUUUACUAAUCCAAAAAGCCACAGCAUGGAACAGUCGGGACAGAACUUGUCAUACUUUGUGCCAGCCGUAGUGGCACUGUGUGCACAGAUGCUCUGUCUCUGCUGUGAUCAACCAGCUGUACUGGCUUUAGCGAAAAAAAUAAAAUUCUGUGACAUCCUCACUGAUCUCAUCAGAAAGCCAUGCAAGCAUUAUUGUGUGUCUUGGUAUUCAUUAGCCCGUGUAAAUGCCUUCUUUUAUGUCCUUUUUCACUACUUCCUGGUGAAGGGCAGCAAAGUGAUUGCCAUUUUGGUUAACCUUCCUGCCUUUACUCUAUGUAGCCCGUAAAGCGAGACCUUAAUUUUCUUAUUUGUGUAGUCCUAUAACACAGAUGUUUAUCAUGGAAGACAAUAUGAAGCUUGAAAAGUGCAUUUAUUCAGAUUCCUCAUUUUGAAAAUCUUUUAUAGCCUGCAGCAACUUCAUCUGCAAAUCAAGUUUUCGUUCUGGCUUGAUCAUUCUCAUGUGCCCCAGCAGCGUCAGGGCAAAGUUCUCGUCAAUGUCCUUGGGGACAUAGCCAUUCAACUGCUGUGUCACAUUUUGUAGCUCUGCUACAUAAACAUCAUUGUUUCUCUUCCGUUUUUGCUGCGGCCCGAUGGGGGGACAGGCUGGCUCAUCGGGUGCUAUCUCGUCGGCGAUCCCACUCUCGUCUGGUGUGCCAGUUGCCAAUGUCGGUGGCACAUCUUGUCCGCUGGAUUUGGACGUUGUUGAACGGGUGUCCACUGACCUGACAUCCAUGUGACCAUAGCUGCUUUGGCUGCUGUUUAGGCUUUACAGAAUGCAAGGUUUUGUGGUUGAUACCCCACUUAAUCAUAUUGAUGCUCUAAAACUUGCAUAUGCCACACUGCUCCAAUAAUGGAAUACAUGUGCUACAGACUGCUCCAGAAUCGAAUUUUACGUGCUACAAAAUGACUUUGGCUAUUCCCACCCCUGUAUGUGCAUCAAUCGUGUACUAUUUCUGUGAAAAUUGUAUGACAAUAAAAAAGCUACGGCGAGUGUUGCAUAUUUUAGUUUUCUGGGGUCAUCAGUACAGUUCAACUCGGUACUGCUGGGAAUUGGCAUUAUACACACAUGAAAACUAAAUUCAUGACAAGUUGACUAGAUAUAUAGUGAUAGUUUGUCAUGAUUUUGUUUAGCAGACCAUUUUUACUAAGCC